CUAGUAAAAUGUGAUCAACGAAUCAGUAAUCCUGUCGCCAUUCUCCAAAGAGGAGAUGCUCUUAACUGCUCCGUAUUUCUGUCUUGUAACUAUUGUAUUGCAGGAGUACUAUAUUAAGUGCACGACGUCGCACCAUAUCCCUGAAACCAAUUAGCAAUCCAGCAGCAGCAUCAGAACAGUUCGUUUGAUCGAGAACAGGGGAGACGCGCGAUGCUGCUGCACAGGCACAGGUUCCCGCUCCUCUGCUGCUCCACCCGAGCCGCCGUCCUCAACGGCGCCGACAAGGGCGGCGCGGUGAGGCAGCUGACGUGGGCCGAGGUGGAGGCCAUGACGGGGAACUUCACGUCGGCCGUGGUCGGCGAGGGCGGCUCCAGCACCGUCUACCUCGGCCGCCUCCCCGCCCAGCAGCUCGCCGCCGUCAAGGUCCACCGCGGCAGCCAGCGCCUCCGCCGCGCCUUCCGCCACGAGCUCCACGCCCUCCUCCGCGCCCGCCACCCCCACAUCGUCCGCCUCCUCGCCUUCUGCGACCAAACCGACGAAGGCGUGCUCGUGCUGGAGCUCGCGCCCAACGGCAGCCUCCACGACCACCUCCACGGGAUCAAUUAUCCGCAGGGCGGCGGAGCUUCCUCGCCGGGGCCGGUGCCGAUGCCGUGGGCGUGGCGGCUGCGCGUGGCGCUGCAGGUGGCGCGGGCGCUGGAGUACCUCCACGAGGCCUGCGAGCCGCAGGUGGUGCACGGCGACGUCAAGGCCUCCAACGUGCUGCUGGACGCGGCCAUGGACGCCAGGCUCUGCGACUUCGGCUCCGCCCACGCGGGCUUCUCGGCCUCCGUCCGCCCAACCUCGCCACGUGGCGGCGUCAUGGUAGGGUCGCCCGGGUACGUGGACCCGCACUACCUCCGGUCCGGGCUGGUGACCAAGAAGAGCGAUGUGUAUAGUUUCGGCGUGUUGCUCCUCGAGCUGCUCACCGGUGCGCCGCCCUUCCGCGUCGACGACGGUCGGCUCCUCACGUCCCUCGUCGCGCCUGUGAUCAAACCUGGUGGCCCUAGGGUCUAUGACGUGCGAAAGCUCGUCGAUAAGAGGUUAGGGUGUCAUUACAACGCAGAAGAGGCGGCCGUCGUGGCAGGGUUGGCGACGGCGUGCGUCGGGGAGAACCCGGCGCUCCGGCCGUCGAUGGCCGACGUGGUCCGAACCCUGGAGAAGAUCGGACGGCGGAGGCAAGCCAUGACACCUGAGACGUGCGCGCGGCAAGAAUUAGACGGUUGAUCGGUGCACAGAGAUCUGACGUGGCAAGCAUCCCGGCCGACGUCCUCCCGCUCCCGCAAUUGGGUUUGGUGAGGAACAAAGCACUUGUGGUGUACCAACAGAGAACAAGUUAAGCAAAUAAAAAUGGUUGGUUCGGAUAGCGACCUGUAACCCGAGGAUAAAAUUAAGCUAGAGGAAUAAUCUGCUUUUCUGUUUUUCUUU